AGAUAUUGUUCGUUUCCUAAUUCACCGAAAGAACUCAAAAAGGAAAGGAAAGGAAAGGAAAGUUUUUAAGUGGGGGAGAGAAGGGCGAAAUUGUAACUUUGCAUGGCCUCUCAUGCAGUAAGGGUGAACGGUAAAUUUGAUUUAAUUCUGAGGGGCUUUCCCGUAACUUUGAUUCCCAGAAGAAAGAACAAAUUGGAGAAGGAAGCGGAGCGGCGCCCGGUCCGGUCAGCUCAGCUGCAGAGCUUCAGCUUCCCGGUUUUAUCCUUUCCUCUUUCGAUUUCAGUUUCCGCAGAGACACCGUUAACGAUCGGCGGCCGCAACCUCAUCUCUUUGUGGGGGAGUCUCAGUUAGAUUGCUCCCCCGCCAUAUUCCGCUGCAAAAGAUGGAGCAUAGCUUUGCUGAAGAGCUUUACUCAGAUAGCUUGCAGCUAUCAAAGGGGCAGCAGGUUCCUACUUCAACGGACAAUGCUUCUGAUGGGGAUGAUGUUUGGGAAGAAGAUGCGUCCUUAUGGGAUGACUCUGAGGAGAGAUUAGAUAACUCGUCCGAUUUGGACAGAGAAUGGCAAAGGAGGCGUGAACAGUUUUUCACGAUUGGGUAUCGUGAUGGACUCUUAGCAGGGAAAGAAGCUUCUGCACAAGAAGGAUUUAACAUCGGCUAUAAGCAGUCUGUGCCUGUUGGGUGCAACUGGGGUCUUGUUCGAGGUGUUACCAGUGCCCUAGCUUUCCUUCCUGAUGGGUUGAAAGAGAAGCUCAUCGAAGGUCAGGAAAAGAGAGAUAAAUACCGACACUUGCACGAGUCUGUCCACUCUCUAUCAACAUCGGAUGCUCUUAAGUUGUUCAGUGCCGAGAUCAUCUCCAACAGAAAAACUCAACAUGAUGAGGAAUCUAAAGCUAUACAUAAAGUCAGUUCACCACACCAAAGUUCAGAGCCCAGUCAAAUCGGAGCUUAUGUUGGGGAACUUAAGGAACUGCUUGGCAGAUCUCCUGCUAUCGAGGUUCAUUUAGAUGUAUUGGGAUCAUCCACACCGUGAUUCUAUACUCAUAAUAUACUCCAGUUGCAGAACACAUUGAUCUUGUGAAUACUUAAUUUUUAGAUCCUCUCUAUGAUAGACUGAUGGUGCUGAUUACUAAUAUACUAUGAAUGAUAACUUUCUUCAUGUUUUUUC